UGUCCACGCAUGCGCAGCCCCCACGAAAAUUCUGAUCUUACCACGACUGUCGUUCUGUCGCGUGCUCUUCAAUUCCUUAUCACUUAAUCUGCUGGAUCUUGAUACCAUCGACCUUUUGGAAGCUUGUUAGUCUGGAGAAUCCUUGUUGGUCCAUCUUCUGCAGGUUAAGAAUCUCCUGCAGACUGUUAGAUUGUCUUUUCGGGGUCUAUUCCACCACAGGCAAUCAUAGCCUUUCCCGAAUCCCAACUCUCUUGAUUGAAAAUUUCCAUUUUUGCACGAUACUACGUACCUUGUCACCACUCUUCCUCUCGGGACCAUCUCGAAUCCCUUUUCAUCCAUCAGUCAGCACCGUCGGCAACUUCGCUAUCAUUACACCACCCAAUUGACCGGCGGCACAAGACCGCCUAGCUUAUCACAAUCGAUCAGAAAACCUGACUCGGAACCGGAACCACAACAAUGAGCCAAUCAAACACACCAUCCCACGGCGCGCAGAGUCGUGCCAAGGCUGAUCCCCCGAGCGGUCAGCCUUCACAAGACGAAGAUGAGUUCAUCGACGUUGAACACGACGACAUCGAUAUGCAGGAAUCGGGGCCGAUUGAUGCGUCAAAUUCAUCGCCAGCGCCUCACCAACUGCAACGAUACUCGAACAAUCUCGAAGACCCUAAUGUGGCUGUCGACAACGAAGACGACUCGGAGGACGAACACGAUCCAAUGGCAAAUCACCCCUUAUUAAAUAUGCUUACUGGACGCCUGGGGCAAAGGCGACGAGGAUCCACGCAUGUAUGGGAUCGACUACAUCCCGAAAAUCAGGUCCUGUCGGUGGCCAAUGUUGAUGAAUGUUUUUCACUCGAAACUGAGGCUUUUCCGCCCGAGGAGAGGGCGAGCCGGGAAAAGUUUCAAUAUCGGCUUACCCGAUGCCCAGAACUAUCUCUGGGAUUAUUCACCCAGCCGACAAAGGCAGAAUCAGAAAAGUCAUCAAAUGCCGGGAAACGGAAACUUAUGGCACAUAUUGUCGCGACCAGAAGUCCGGCGCCCGGUGUGACAGAGGAGUCUAUGGCACUUCCGGCCGACUGGGAGACGAGCAGAUCCUCGCUCCCCUCCAGCACUGAUGAAGAACCUCUCGGCCACCAAGAAAUCGGCGGCACUGUCUGUGUUCAUUCUUUGGCCGUGGCCCCAGAAUUCCAGAAGAUGGGUUUGGGCACAGUUCUGGCCAAAUCGUAUAUUUCGCGCAUCAAGGACUCUAAAUGUGCGGAGAGAAUAGCUCUGCUUGCUCACGACCACCUUGUCCCAUUUUACACCGCGCUUGGCUUCGAGAACAUGGGGCCCAGUUCAGUCACGUCUUGCGGUGGAGGUUGGAAUAACAUGGUAAGUCCUGUACUCAUGUUACAACAGGAGCUGACCACGUACAGGUGCUUGUAUUCAAAGAUGACGAGGAUGACUGAUUCAUGUUUGGAGGUCGGUGAUGCAUGUCAGAGCGUGCCAGUGUUUGGAGGACAUUGAUGUCCUUAUCAUGGGUGGAGACGUCCUUUUAGGUGCGUGUGUAUGGCAUGCUGUGUACUUCGGCAGAAGACUCAAUUCCUCUAAAUCUCCUAUACAUAGUGAGGUUGGAGUGGUACGAGUAGUCACCCUGCAUAUCAUACAAUGCUCGUGAGAGGCGCAAUCCGAAUUUCUAGAUCAGGAGGGGCAAUAGUUGAUAGUUUAUGAUGUUCAUGUUGAAGACAUGUCUCUACGACUGCAGUGGUAUAUGUCAUACUGUAAUGUUAGUGAUUGGAUGGCUAAGAUGGCACCUGUAUCGGGCAAGAGGAAGCAUGGAGCUUUUGUGAAAGUGUAAUGCCAAUAUUACCGAGGC